AUGCAUAUUGAUAAUUUAUAUGAUAUUUUUCCAAGAGCUAAUAGACAUGUUAUUAAAGUUAAUGAUACAUGUAAAGAAUUAGUAUUAUAUUCUAAUUAUAAUAUGGAAUCAUCUAUUAAUAAACCUGAUUUAACUGAUAUUUUAAGAUAUAUGUAUAAUAUUCCUAAUGAUUUAUAUUAUAUUCUUGUUGGUAUUCUUUUAUCAGAUGGUACUUUAGCUUAUGCAUCUAAUAAAAAUAUGAAUGCAACUAAUAUUUCAACAAGAAAAGAUCGUAAUGGUUUAAAAGCUAAAAAUAAUAUUUUACAGAAUAAUUGUAGAUUUAGAUUAAAACAAUCUAUAGAUCAUGCUGAAUAUUUAUUAUUUGUUGGUAAUUUAUUAGCUCCUUAUUCACCUUCUUAUCCUAAAAAUAUUACAUCAACUUUUAAAGGUAAAAAAUUUUAUGGUUUAAAUAUUUAUACUAGAGCAUUACCUUGUUUUAGUAUUAUAAGACAAAAAUUUUAUGUAGGAAGAGUUAAAACAAUUCCUAAUGAUAUUUAUGAUCAUAUUAAUUAUGCAAGUAUUGCUCAUAUAAUUAUAGGUGAUGGUGCUUAUACAAAUAAAGGUAUUACAUUAAAUUUACAAUGUUUUACUGUACCAGAGUUAAUUUUAUUAAUGAAUGUAUUUUACAUUAAAUUUGAUAUUAAGUGUUCUUUACAUAAAAGUAGAGAUGCUCAUGUUAUUUAUAUUAAAGUAGACUCUGUAAGAAAAUUAUAUCCUCAUAUUAAAAAAUAUAUUUUACCUAAUAUGAGAUAUAAAUUUGAUUUAAAUUUUAAUUGA